CCUGCGGGCCGGUCGCCAUGGGUUGGGUCCCGCGCAGCGCUUGGCGGAGCCUCCUGCUGGGACCCCCGGGGCUGGGCGCCCCCCGGACCACCCCCGCCCACCCACCCCGGACCCCGCCACCCGGCCUGCCCCGCUGCACCUCCGGGGGGCCGCUGAGGGCCCAGGAGCGGACACUGGUGGCCGUGAAGCCAGACGGGGUGCAGCGGAGGCUGGUAGGGGACGUCAUCAGGCGCUUUGAGAAACGGGGCUUCAAGCUGGUGGGAAUGAAGCUACUGCAGGCCCCAGAGAGAGUCCUGGCCGAGCAUUACCACGACCUGCGGAGGAAACCCUUCUACCCGGCCCUCAUCAGCUACAUGAGCUCUGGCCCCGUGGUCGCCAUGGUCUGGGAAGGCUACAACGUCGUCCGGACGUCCAGGGCCAUGGUGGGGGACACCGACUCGGCCGAGGCCGCGCCUGGGACCAUCCGCGGGGAUUUCAGCCUCCACAUCAGCAGGAACGUGAUCCAUGCCAGCGACUCCGUGGAAGGUGCCAAACGAGAGAUCGGCCUGUGGUUCCACAGCAGCGAGCUGGUGGAUUGGCGCUGCUGCCAGCAGGGUCAUACCUACCAGGGCUGAGGACCUCAUGCUGGCCAGCGCCCGCCAUGGUCAGCAUGCUCCCCACGCCCUACCCCUCUCCCACUUGCGGGCCCCUUCCCCUCCCCACCCACCAAUGUGCCUUCCUGCCCACCGCCCCCACAAAGCCCUACCGUCAGGGAAUUGGGUUGAACUCUCUCCUCACCGUGUCAUCUGCCUUUGGGGGUGCCACCUAAUAAAGAAGGGGGUGGGCACAUUAAAGGUCAGUUUUUUUAAUGCAA